CGGGCUCUCCCCGGCUCGUCCGCGCUGCUCGCUCCGCGCCGCGCCGGGCGCCUCGGCCUCGGCUCGGACCCCGCGGGCAGCCGCCGCUCCCGUCCUGCCCAGGACAAUAAAUUAAUGCGUCACGCUUGCGGGCAAGCGGCGGCUGGGCGCCCGGGUCGCGGCUUUCUCGCCUGGCUGGAGACUGCCACAGCCGACAUGGGCUGUUUCUGCGCUGUUCCAGAAGAAUUUUAUUGCGAAGUUUUGCUCCUGGACGAAUCCAAGUUAACCCUCACCACCCAGCAGCAGGGCAUCAAGAAGUCAACGAAAGGUUCCGUUGUCCUUGACCACGUAUUCCGUCACAUAAACCUUGUGGAGAUAGAUUAUUUCGGGCUGCGGUACUGUGACAGAAGCCAUCAGACGUAUUGGCUGGAUCCUGCAAAAACCCUUGCUGAGCACAAAGAACUGAUCAACACUGGACCUCCAUAUACUUUGUAUUUCGGUAUUAAAUUCUAUGCUGAGGAUCCAUGUAAACUUAAAGAAGAAAUAACCAGAUACCAGUUUUUCCUGCAGGUGAAGCAAGACGUGCUUCAGGGCCGGCUGCCCUGCUCGCCCAGCGUCGCUGCUCAGCUGGGAGCCUACGCCACCCAGGCUGAGCUUGGAGAUUAUGACCCAUAUAAGCACACUGCGGGGUAUGUAUCCCAGUAUCGGUUUGUUCCUGAUCAGAAGGAAGAACUUGAAGAAGCUGUAGAACGGAUCCACAAAACUCUGAUGGGUCAGGCUCCUUCUGAGGCUGAGCUGAAUUAUUUGAGGACUGCUAAAUCCCUGGAGAUGUACGGCGUUGACCUCCAUCCCGUCUAUGGAGAAAACAAGUCUGAGUAUUUCUUGGGAUUAACUCCGGUUGGUGUUGUUGUCUACAAGAAUAAAAAGCAAGUGGGGAAGUAUUUCUGGCCUCGGAUUACAAAAGUUCACUUCAAGGAGACUCAGUUUGAACUCCGAGUGCUGGGCAAAGAUUGCAAUGAAACCUCAUUCUUCUUCGAAGCUCGAAGUAAGGCUGCUUGCAAACACCUCUGGAAGUGCAGUGUGGAACACCAUACAUUUUUUAGAAUGCCAGAAAAUGAAUCAAAUUCAUUGUCAAGAAAGCUCAGCAAGUUUGGAUCCAUAAGUUAUAAGCACCGGUACAGUGGCAGAACAGCUUUGCAAAUGAGCCGAGAUCUUUCUAUUCAGCUUCCCCGACCUGAUCAGAAUGUGGCAAGAAGUCGAAGCAAGACUUACCCUAAGAGAGUAGCGCAAACACAGCCAGCUGGAUCAAGCAGCAUAAACAGGGUAACUGCAAACAUGGAAGAUGGAGAAAACGAAGGGACAACGAAAAUUAUUGUACCUUCACCAGUGAAAAGCUUUAAGAAAGCAAAAAAUGAAAACAGCCCUGAUACCCAAAGAAGCAAAUCUCAUGCUCCGUGGGAAGAAAACGGUCCCCAGAGUGGACUCUACAACUCUCCCAGUGACCGCACGAAGUCCCCAAAGUUCCCCUACACGCGUCGCCGAAACCCUUCCUGUGGAAGUGACAAUGACUCUGUACAGCCAAUGAGGAGAAGGAAAGCCCAUAACAGUGGUGAAGACUCGGAUCUAAAGCAAAGAAGGAGGUCGCGUUCACGCUGUAACACAAGCAGUGGUAGUGAAUCGGAAAAUUCUAAUAGAGAACACCGGAAGAAGAGGAACAGAAUACGGCAGGAGAAUGAUAUGGUUGAUUCAGCACCUCAGUGGGAAGCUGUAUUAAGGAGACAAAAGGAAAAGAAUCAAGCAGACACCAACAACAGGCGAUCCAGACACAGAUCUCGCUCGAGAAGCCCUGACAUUCAAGCAAAAGAAGAGUUAUGGAAGCAUAUUCAAAAGGAGCUUGUUGAUCCAUCUGGAUUGUCAGAAGAACAAUUAAAGGAGAUUCCAUACACUAAAAUAGAGACUCAAGGUGACCCGAUCCGCAUCAGGCAUUCCCACUCACCGCGGAGCUACCGCCAGUACCGCAGGUCCCAGUGUUCAGACGGAGAGCGGUCUGUUCUCUCGGAGGUGAAUUCAAAAACAGAUCUGGUACCACCACUUCCGGUGACCCGUUCUUCAGAUGCUCAGGGUUCUGGUGGCUGGACAGUUCAUCAGAGAAGAAACGGGUCUAAAGACAGCCUGGUUGAAGAAAAAUCUCAGACAUCUACCACCAAUCUAGCUGGAAAACACACAGCAAAAACAAUAAAAACUGUCCAAGCUUCCCGCCUCAAGAUAGAGACUUGAUCAUGGUCAAGGGCCAGGGAAGGGAGUGGGGAGGGUGUUAUGUGCCACUGGUACUUUUGAAACUGUGAAUUAGGUAAUUUGAUUCAAGUAUCUUGGACCUUCACGUUUCUUCAGCAUCUUUUGCUUCUUUUAAGGGCUUAGAUACAACAUACUUGGCUGAAGGGCCUUUUUAACUGGAAGGAGUUUUAUGAAAACUCAUUUGAUGCCACAUUUUCCUUCCUGAGACAAAGUAACCAUUCAACUCUGAAUAUCUUGUGCCUGUGCUACAACCAAGACCAGAUAGAUGCUUCUGUUCAACAUUUUGGAAUUCUGGAUGGCAACUGGUUUGCUGUGCAAUACUCUGCCACACGGAAGGAAGUCUUCCCUGCGAGGUUCUCGGAGUGGCCAGAUGCACAUGGACCGAGGAUUCACUUUUAGACUGCUGAUACUCAUGUAAAUAUUAAGUUCCUUGUGAUCUUGUAUUUUGUGGUAUUAUGUUUACCAGGUAUUUACAAAUGAUGUAAAAAGCUUUAAAUGUUGCUUUUGAUUUCUGAAGUGUUCUUGUGUUUUCAGAAAAAAAAGAAAGGCUAAGUGUGGAUUUCGGUUCAGCUCUGCUAACCUCAAAUGCUCCUUUAACUCUGCCUGGCCAUUUAAUUUGCCUGCUCUCCCAAGAAUGGCUAUUUUAGACCUUUGCUCUCCCCAGAUGACUUUGCAACUUACAGGGAAAACAUUUAUGCAAGACAUCUUUUAUCACAUGGAGUCCUCUCCACAGCUGCCAUUAACUAAUCCCUUUCCUGUCCUCCGGGAGUCCCUCUUUCACCCUUCUCAGGAUGUCUCUGCAAUGUUAAGGUACCCCACCACUUUAAGCUAGAUCCUUGCUACUUGGUUUGAAACUUAAGUUCUAAUAAGCCACAACCUUCACAACCACAAAUCCCUCUACCUACUAUUACUUUCCUCUCCCAUUCUCAACUAAUUUUCAUCAAUGCAUCAUCUUGGGUCAGUGCCCUCAAUUCAUCUAAUCCCCACUUUUAUCUCCAACAGGGCUUCUUACUACCAUUUCCCUAGAUCCCAUGGAGACUUUUUAGGGCCUAUGGUUUUCCUUUUGCUUCUUUUAACAUACUAUCUGGUUCCCACUAUCCAGAACAUCCUGUUCUGCCCUAUUAUUGGAAUUUCUCAAAUUUCAGACUUAGGCCUUCUUCUGCUACCCUAGAGAAAUCUCAUUUAUAGCCAUGGCCUUAAAGUUUAGACCAGUGGUUCUCAACCUGUGGCUCGUGACCCCUUUGUAACAGUGAAAAAUACAUCCUGCAUAUCAGAUGUUUACAUUACAAUUCAUAACAGUAGCAAAAUUAGUGAUGAAGUAGUAACGAAAAUAAUUUUAUGGUUGGGGGGUCACAACAUGAGGAACUGUAUUAAAGGGUCGCAGCAUUAGGAAGGUUGAGGACCAGGCGGCGCCUGUGGCUCAAGGGAUAGUGCCGGAGGUGGUGGGUUCAAACCCAGCCCCCGCCAAAAACAAAAAAAAUUUUAGGCAGCGCCUGUGGCUCAAGGAAGGUUGAGGACCACUGGGUUAGACAUAGUGUUCUAUUGCCAAGAGGCUACUUGGAUUUCUCAGAAUUCAAUCUCAAUCCCUUACAAUCUUAUUUGCUGCUAGUCAUCUCCUGGCUAAACACUAGUGGCCUAAUUGGACCACCUGCUUUUUCUUGGCAAUCUGAAUUCUACCAUGGAUUUCCCUUGCAUGCUUUAAUAAUGUGAGGGGGAGCCUUAAGUGGUCUGGCUUUACCUACCUCUUUUCAGACUCAUUUUAUAACAAAUCCCACUCCCCCUAACAGCCACCUUAUAAGCCUCAUUAACGACUCAAUUCUAGGGCAGCACCUUGUGGCUUAGUGAGCAGGGCACUGGCCCUAUACCGAGGGUGGCGGGUUCAAACCCGGCCCUGGCCAAACUGCAACAAAAAAAUAGCUGGGUGUUGUGGCGGGUGCCUAUAGUCCCAGCUAGUCAGGAGGUGGAAGCAAGAGAAUCACCUAAGCCCAAGAGCUGGAGGUUGCUGUGAUGCCAUGGCACUCUACCGAGGGCAAAGUGAGACUGUCUCUUAAAAAAAUUCUAAAACAGGGCUUUGAAAAGGGAACACAGCCCGAUGACUGUCAGACAUACGGUCCUUAUCUUUUUUCUAGUUGAAACAAAACCCACCUUCAAGUCUCAACUCCUUUCUCAGGUUUCUCUGACUUGGUCAGAUCUUACCCUGAGAUUCAUCUCAUGAUCAAAGUUCCAUGUUUGUGAUGAUGUUCCUUCCACUCAGCUAUAAGCUUCCAAAGGGAGAACUGUGUUGUGCUUACCAUUGUGUUCUCAACUCCUAGAACAGCACUGUCAAUAAAUUUUUUUGAAUCUCUGAACACGAUUUGUUCUUUCCUACAAAGUUUAGGCCAACCACCUAGCUGGGGGGAAAAAGUACACAGUGCAGAAAAGUGCACCUGUGACCUAGAAAUCAUCACCUAAUCUAGUUCUACUCACCAUGAGUUGCUGGAGGGAAGCACCUCAAAUCAUCUUAAGCCUAUCAAUUAUGGUAAUAGCAGUUAAGAUUAAUCUCAAAUGCUGAGGUAUGGCAUGAUUUUUAAGUUGCUGGGAUAAAGGGGAAAUGAAAACUUGUUCAGUAAUACAGAACUAUUUCAGGCAUUUAAUGACUUAGAUCUCAAACACAUUAACAUUUAUUCAUAUCAUUUGUCAUAAAUGUAUCAUUAUGGGCCAAAGGCAAUUAUUUCAGUACUUCUCAGGCUCCUGGAAAUUAAGUGAUCCAAUCAACUCUUGUGAAGAUCAAAUUUUUGAAAUCCUCACCAAGGACA